CGAGAGGCUUUGCCCACAGGGACUGAAAAAGAAAGAGAACGAGAGAGACGGAGAGUGAGGCAGGAAUGACAGCUCUCUCCAGCCACCGGAUGGGUCACCUCGGCUUUUUCGCUUUCCUGAUUGUGUUUUCCUACUUGUCCGUGUCCUCCGCGGUCAGACUAGAUCUUACAGAAGCCAACAAUGUUUCCAAGAUCAAAUUCAAUCCGAGAGGAAACCUCUGGGCCACAGGACACUUUAUGGGAAAGAAGAGCCUGUUGGAUUAUCCAGAUGGAUAUGACGAUACUCUGGGACGACUUCCUCUUACCUCCCCCGAAGACCCCAAGACUAUCGGGAGCCUGCUGAGCCGGAGGAUGCUGGAAAUCGCCCUGGCCCAAGAAGCAAAGGAGAAGCGAGAGAGAUACGGCUCCGAAGCCCAGGAAACAGGACUAAUAACAAAGUUUAUUGAGCGAUAUGGUAAAACUACAAAGAAGUGAUGAACAUCAAGGAAAAUGGUUGGUGAAGAUGUGAGCAAGAUGACCCGAAUGGUGAAUGUGGACAUUUUGUUGUAAUGAUAGUGUAUUUCCAUCACAUAUUCUAUGUAUUGCUUCUGUACACUUAUCCAUAUCUAUUAAAGUGGGAGCGAGGACUGUUCUAUAUUUUUCUGACUUAUUUGCUCUGUUAAAGCACACUUAAUGUAACCACAAGGUUCUGCUUGAUGUGAUAAUAUAAAAUUACAGUGUCGUCGUGA